AUUCGCUGCUGUAUUCGAGUCUCUCUCCUCCGGUCUCGGAACAUCCCCUCUGCUUCUCUUCCCUCCUGUGCUGCGAAAGAAGCCGCCUCUCGACUUCCCCCCAUGAUUUCCUCGUCUGCCGUGGCCCGUCUCGGCUGCAUCCCGCCAGAUUCUUUGGUACUUAGAAGGAACCACGCCGACUCGCAUCAUUUUCUUGUGUCAAACUUUUCACCACCAAGAGGGAUCUUGAAACGGAUACUUUGUCGAAGUUUGAUCUUCACUCAGAAGCAUAACAAUCAGAAGGUUCUAUGUUACCAAAAGCAAGAAUUUCCUGUGCUAUCAGAAAGGUCCAUCGAAAAGGUAUAUGAUUCCUUGGCUGAACAUCUUCUUUCAUCUUUUGCAAAGGUUCAAGAUAUCAAUUCAAAGUACAUUGUUGGUUUGGCUGGUCCACCUGGUGCAGGCAAGACGACCCUAUCAUCUGAAGUAGUCCGCCGUCUAAACAAUCUUUGGUCCCAAAAAGCUACUGGAAAGAAUUCUGUUUCACCUCUUGAAUUUGCUAUAGUGCUUCCCAUGGAUGGAUUUCAUCUCUACUGUUCCCAGCUGGAUGCUAUGGAGAAUCCUGAGGAAGCUCAUGCAAGAAGAGGAGCCCCAUGGACAUUCAAUCCAGAACUGCUCUUAAAAUGUCUGCAUUCUUUACGGAAUGAGGGAUCAACUUAUGCUCCAUCAUUUGAUCAUGGUGUUGGUGAUCCAGUGGAAGAUGAUGUAUUUGUAAGUUCUGAGCAUAAAGUAGUCAUUGUAGAAGGCAAUUAUUUGUUCUUGGAAGAAGGAAUUUGGCAAGAUAUUUGUUCCAUUUUUGAUGAGAAAUGGUUCCUUGACAUUGACAUCAAUGUAGCAAUGGAACGGGUUCUAAAAAGACAUAUAUCUACAGGAAAAGAGCCAGAUGUUGCAAAAUGGCGGAUCGAGUAUAAUGAUCGACCAAAUGCAGAGCUCAUAAUGGGAUCAAAGAAAAAUGCAGAUCUUGUAAUCAAGUCAGUGGACUUCUAAUUGUGUCAUGCAUUUGUCAAGAGGAAACAAAUCAAAUAAGGCUGGUGUUUCUUCUGGCACAAAAUAAUGGCUGCCAUGUGCACAUUCAAACCAUGUUUCCAUAGUCAAUAAAUUGC